AUGAAGAGGGAGUUCUCUUCCCUCCAAAAGACUAACAAAGGCUUACAAGCAAAGAUGAAAAAAUUGGAAGACCAAGCCAAGGCUGCGAUCAAAGCUCAGAACAAUGCCGAAGAGAAGGCUGAGGCUGCUGAGGCUAUCAGAAAAGUGGCUGAAUCUCAGAAGAGAGAAGCCGAGGAAAGAAUGGUCCAAGCCGAAAAAGAGCUUCAAGAAGCCCUGGCCACCAAGGACACCGAAAUAAAAGAAGCUGAUGAAAAGGCGUACACUCAAGGCAUGGCCGACGUUACUGAGGCCUAUGAACUUCAAAUGAAGCAGGCAUACAACAAGGGUUUCACCCUUGGUUGGAUGUCUCUUCUGAAAAAACUCAAUGUCCCAGAGGACUCACCGUUGAGGAAAGCCGAUGCCAUCCCUCUUCCAUUCCCUCCAGCUCAACCUUCAAAUCAAGACGUCGGUGAAUCUGAGUCUGAGGAUGAUAAAGAGGGCGAUGGAGUUGUCAAGGAAACUACCCCGGAGCAGGCAUCCUCCGACAUUCCUGUAGCCGACAAAAGCAUUGAUGAAACCCUUGCCCAGAUUGAUGCCGAGAUUGCAGAGGAGAAGGCGGCCGAGGUAGCUCUUUUAGAACCUUCCGAGGUCCAAACCCAAGUUGCUGUUGAUGCUGAUGAAGCUUAA